UCAUGUUAUCGCUUUUAUUAGCGGCAAAUUUAAAAAUGUAAAAGAAGUAAUUUUUCUAUAUACACAAUGGCUAAAGUUCACUCUGAAGAAGAUUGGUUCAAUAAUAGUCAAGAAUCUAGAAAUCCGUGGUCAACGUCGUCUUCUUACAUCGAUCUAGGAUCUUUGGGAAAAGUAAUUUCUUUGGCAGAAAGAACCAAUCAGUUGAAGGGCAAAGCAGAUCAAGAUAAGAUAAGGGAAAAGGCUAAAACAACAUCUUCGUCCAUAAAACUAAUUGAACAGCUUGAGAAGUUGGCGAAAUUAGAAACAGAAUUGUACAAGGUAAAAGAAAUGAUUUAUCAUUACAAGUUGAAAGAGGAAACUAAAGAUUUAACAGACUCAAUAAUUCUUGAUGGGAAGUCAAGAAGGAUGGAAGAGUUAUCGUUACAUUUCUCAGCAAUAGUUGACAAGAAAGAUGAACUCAUCAACCGACUUCAACAACCAUUCGUUGGUGACCAUAUCACAGUGGAUGCGGAAUAUCAGAGAUAUGUUGUUGAUGCUAUCCCAUGCCUAGCAAAUGUCCUCAGUAAUCUGACCACUUACAUUGAAAACUUAGAAUGGAGCACCAAGUUCACUUUGCAGGAUGGUGAAAUGGAGAAAAUCCUUGCUGAUGUUUCCUCGGUCUUGGCACAGAUGCAAAGCUUUUUUCAAAGUUUGUGCACUUCCCGAAAUCUUAUGUCAAAACUGAACCAAAAAUAAAACAUAUGGCAUAAUG